GCAACUCUGAGGAUUGGUCUACUGUGAACGCCGAUGGUCACAACAAGAGAAGGCUGAGCAGCGGAGUGAGCGGUGAGCAGACAGCUGUGGUCAGCUGCGGGUUGCCGUGGGGUUGUUCGUUCAUCUCAGUUGACAUUUUUGAAAAAGUCCACCGUUCGCAGUGAACGUUGUAUUGUCUCUGCUACUUUCUUCCACCAACAGCCUAAGAAGCCCCUAAAAUUGGUGUAGAAGGGCGAAACAGUUCUUGCCAGCGCAUUGUGCAGAGAGACCGUUGGCGUCCUCCAUAGGGAAGGCGACUUUUCCGGUGGCUUCUUUUAGCUUGCGGAAAUCGAGACAAACCUGUGGAGUACCGUUCAUCCUCGUCGUGAUCACCAACAUGAACCACACUGUGUAUUCAGCGACGCUUCAUCGACCUAUCCCUUGGCCAGCAUACCUUGCAGCCCUCAGUCAUGACGUCUUCACCAAGCGGGCUGUAGCGCCCUACUUGUCGAUGAUGGGCUUGUCGUUCCGUAGCUCAACAUACUUUAGACCGGGACGUCAUCUUGGCGGACCUGGUGUCUGGAAGACCUCGAGCGCAGCGUUGCAAGCUGCCUUUUUGACCAUGACAGUAGUGAUGGUUAUGUUCAUGCUUAUGUAAUUCAUAUUUAUUGUGCAC